AUGUUCUCCUGCAACAACAGCACGUCGGCUCACACUACCUUCCUUCUCACUGGCUUUCCAGGCCUAGAAGCCUCUCAGCAUUGGGUUUCCAUCCCCAUCAACCUCGUCUGUGUGACUUCCAUCGUGGGUAACAGUAUCAUCCUCUUCCUGAUCCGCACGGAUCCAGCCUUACACGAACCCAUGUACAUCUUCCUGUCCAUGUUGGCAGCGUCUGAUCUGGGCCUCUGUGCAUCCACCUUCCCCACCAUGGUGCGGCUCUUCUGGCUGGGUGCUCGAGAGCUGCCCUUUGACCUUUGUGCAGCACAGAUGUUUUUCAUUCACGCCUUCACCUAUGUGGAAUCUGGUGUGCUGCUGGCCAUGGCCUUUGAUCGCUUUAUUGCCAUCCGGGACCCUCUGCAUUACGCCACAAUCCUUCCCCACUCAGCCAUGGCCAAAGUGGGGGCUGCCAUUCUCGCAAGGGCUGUCUUGCUCAACCUCCCUGCACCAGUUCUCCUGCGGCGAUUGCUCUUUCCCCAGAUGAGUGAACUCUCUCACUGCUACUGCCUACAUUGUGACCUUGUGGGAUUGGCCUGCUCCGACACCUGGGUCAACAGCUUUGUUGGCUUGAUCUCCAUCCUUCUCUCACUAGGGCUCGACUCGUCCCUCAUCAUGCUCUCAUAUGUCCUGAUCCUACGGAUUGUGCUGGCCAUUGCAGCACCUGGGGAGCGGCUCAAGGCGCUCAACACAUGUGUGUCACACCUCUGUAUUGUGCUUAUCUUCUAUUUGCCCAAACUAGGACUCUCUGUGUUGCACAGAGUGGAGAAGCACAGCUACCCUGCUCUGGCAGUGCUUAUGGCCAACUUGCACUUCCUGGUCCCACCUUUCAUGAACCCCAUUGUGUACUGCAUCAAGUCUAAGCAGAUCCGCCAGGGCCUCCUAAAGCGCUUCCAGCAGAAACGGGUUGAUGUUUCUUAG